CUGGGCAGGCAGCGGGAGAAGAAGAGAGCGGAUGUACCAAGGGUGAAGGAUGCCCAGGAUAAUGUCAACGGUUUGCUCGCUGUCCCACCUAUCCGUAUCAUGAUAAACGCUGUUGGAGCCGUCGCCCGCAGGAUGCCGUCCUCGGCUCGGCGGAGCGGAUGCUGGAUAGCGUGGUGCCAGGCGGUUCUGCUCGCCGUGUCAGCGCUGGUAAUCGUGGCUGAACGGAGCGCUCUGAUCUACUGUAUAGGCUUUUACCUUUGGAAUGAGGAGACGCAGUGGGCAGGCCUCACUCUCGGUCUCUUUCUACCGGGGACGGCAGUUCAGGUGCUUAGUAUGAAAUGGUACUACGAUGAUGGCGAUGACAGGCGAUGUUACCUCUCUGGCAUACACAUACUGCAUUUGGGCAUCUUCAAAAGGUUGUGGGACUGCAUGAGGACUGUGUUGCGAAGGCAGGAUUCUGUGGCUGAGCUUGGAGCUGCUGUCAUGCAGCAGGCGGAUGUUGCUGCUCUUUGGCUACUCGAGGCCCUCGUCCUCACACUGCCUCAAAGCCUAUUGCAGGCAUAUGUCGUGGUGUCAACUGAUGUGGGUAUCAUGUCCCCAGUGGCCUAUUGCUGUGGUCUGUGUGUGCUGUCGAUUUCCUGGGCCUUGGUGCUGUACAGCAGGGCCUGCUGUCUGAUACGACCGGGCCACCUGGCAAUGCCUCCGGCAGCCCUGCUGUGCCAGCUGGUGUGGAGGGCGGGCAUGCUGGGUGCCAGGGUGACUUGCCUCAUGUUCUUUGCAAGGGUGUUCAAUUGGUGGGUCUGUGGAGUAGCAGGUUUCCACUGGCUCACGGCCUCUUUUUGGCUGGUAUCACAGCACCCAGAUAUCUGCACUGGCCCCUGGUGUUGGCGUGCCUUUAACGGCAUCAUGGGGCUUGUCCACGUCUUCCUCUUCCUCAAUGUCAAAGACGGACCAUCGCGCUUCCGCAUGGCCAGUUUUUAUGCAUUCAUGCUCAUAGAGAACGCCACUCUGCUGCUGGCCGCUUCCGACUUCCUUAGUGAAGCAUCAUGGGACAGCAUGACCCUUCCCACCACUGUGCUGUGUAGCUUUCUCCUCGGGGCUACCUCUCUUGUCCUAUACUACCGGUUCCUCCAUCCGAAGUCUACAGAGAUCUCCCAGGGAAUGAACCACAAUCACAUGGGCAGCAGGUGUAUAGAACGAGGGGAGUCCUCCUUCUCUCUCGGGGACAAAAGCCUGCCAGCUCCCUCCAUUCAAAACCACGGCAGCUUCUCCCUCUCAGGCGUGGCUGGUUCUCUGCUGGAGCACCCAGGGAAAUGUGGGGGUAGACCUGACAGCUCCUGUCCUUGCUACCACCACCAUUGGCUCCUCAUCCGGCUGGCUCUGAAAACAGGAGAUCUGGGUAAGAUCAACAGAGCGUAUGGGGCAGGCGGAGCAGCAGCCAUAUUAGACAUGGAGGAGUACAACCAAGAGUUUAAAAGUCAUGAGGGCAUCACUAUCACAGCAGGAGGUAGCUGUGGGGCCGUCUCCACAUCCGAAUCUCAGGAGAAAGCCUUGGCACCUCUCUCGGACUGCAAAGAUGAGUUCCAGAGCGUCAGCGAGCCCACGUCAACUGAACAACCUGAAGAGGAUGACAGUCUGGAGAUGGAGAGCCCGCUGGAGUCACCCGCAUCAGAUUUCAGACGCAGCUCACCUGAGGGCAAGUCUGUGUUUGGAGACAGUCCAGAGCCAUACUUCUGCCCUACAGAAUCAAGCUCAACCCUAUAUUUCAGUGCCGAUCCUCAGUCUCCCAGCAGUGCCAGCAACCCUCGCCUGGACCGGGACAUCGGGGGUCUGGAACAGGGGAUGCACCUCAGCUCGAUCCCUAGUGAUCCCGCCCUUCACAGAGAUGUACGUGGGCUGAUGGGUCGGGUUGGGCCACGCUGUACUUCCACUCCCAAAUUGGACUCUGGAGUGCUGGACUCUCCAUCUAGUGUCCCUCAUCUCACAGGUCCCAGGAGGCAGCUUAUAAUGUCCCGGAGAGAUGAGGACGACAACUUCUAGCUUUCUCAAGACAGAAUCAGGGCAACAGCAACGUAUCAAACAUUUAAAAGUUACACCAGCUUUUUAGAAGGUUGUUUUUUCAUCUGCUCAAUGCUGUAAGAUGAGGAGGCUGGCAAAAAUUUCACCUCUAUAUGUCUAUAUAUUUAGUACACUGUGGUGCAUAGUAUAUGCAACAAUUUUGGGAUAAUGCUAAGCUAGCCUGUUCUUUUCUCAAAUCACAAGGUAUUUUCUAAAAACUUUGCCCAAAAGCUUGACACAUAGAGGUGAAACCCUCAGCAGUGUUUUCAUCAGACUUGAAGAGGAUAAUUAAAGAUCUAAUUAGCCACGAAGGGAGUGUAUGGCAUUCAGACACACCUUCCACCUGACAUUCAACAGUUUUUCAAUUGUUUUGGCAGCAAUCAACCUAAUCCUCAAUAAUCAUAGUGUGCAAAAAAGUGAAUACUGGUUCUGCCAGAUUGUGAUUACAUAUUAAGUAGCCAUGAGUUAUAUCACAAGCAAUAUGCAGCUGUUUUAUGGACUCUUAAACAACUGAUGAUCUUUAGAAACUGGUUAUUCAUGUUAAAAACUGUCAGCCGUUAUGAGAAGAGAGAAGUGAUUCCUCGAUCUGAAGCUGCCAGGAGUGUGUGACCCCUGUAUCUUUACUAUCUCAGCGGAAGACAGACCGUUGUUGGCUUCUUUAAAGCACAAGUAUCUUCUGAACAAUGUGUGUAUUGCUGUGAUGUUUUUAUUUUCAUAAAAAACAUCCCCAUCCCCUCAGAGAAUAAUGUAUUUUUUGUAUCAUCAUAUCAACUGGCAUUGCUUUGAGCAGAGUUACUGUGUCAACCUGGCAAAACUGUAUUUGUUGUUUAAACUUUAUUUACAUGUUGACCAUGUAAUUGCUAAAAAUGUAUUUUGAAUUUGCAUUAUGUUGUUGGUGGGGGGGUGGGGGCAUGUCUCAGGCACUGACUUUAAAAAUGUCUAUUGUAUAACAAAAUGAAAAGAUGCUUACAAGGUACUUGUAGUGACUUUUUUUAUGUGCACUUGAUUGCUAUUUCUAUGGGGAAAAUACACUUUUGCUCAUUGCUGUUCUUUAAAAGGGAUGAAAUCCAUUAACAAAGCAGUUUUCUCUUGCACCCAGGUGACUGCCUGAAAUUUUGAACUGUGAAGUGCAAGGCCACUGGUGUCCUUAAAUAAGCAAUAAAUAGCCUACAUAUUGGGGUGACU